UGACGUAAUCGCUGCAUGCCUCGCUUGUGCUCGCCUAUUGAAUGUCAGUAUCCCCCUACGCGGCGCAGUGCGGAGUAUGGGUGCGGUGAGGUGAGAAUGGAAUUGGUAUCCACCAAAAUCCUGGUUCUGACAUUGCUGGGGGUUGUCCGGUUGUUCUUCGGCUUGGUGCCAUUAAAAAUCACGAAGAAUCUCAAGUUGUGGGGGGAGAGUGCGUCCCAUAAACUGGUGGAACGUCGUCGUGUCCGGGUGGGUGCGGCUAUAUCGCUGUGCUUGUGUUUUGGCGGAGGGGUUCUGUUGGGCACGUGUUUUAUCCACAUGAUACCGGAAGUGCGGGAAACAAUAGAGGCUGUGAAACGCACUGAUUCCAGUGUCGUCUCCCAUGACACCAGCUUUCCUUUCGCAGAAUUCCUUAUCUGCUGCGGUUUCUUCCUCGUGUAUGUGAUUGAAGAGGUGGUACAUCGUCUGUUCGUCUACUCCGGUCACAGUGAACAUUGCACGUACUCGACCCCGCCUCAGUGUUGUUCUGCCCCAGAAACCGAGGUCAAAAAUACUGAAGGAAACGCUGGAGACAAGUUUACGUUCCGCGAUGACACAGAUGUGCCACUUUCUGCCAAAAGUCGGGCAAGGUCAGGUGGUAAGAUAGCUUCAGCAUCUUCCCAGAUACAUCUAAUCGCUUCAUCUCUGUCCCUGGAACAGGGCGGUGAGAACUCCGACGAAUUCACACUGCCUUGGCAUCCGACUGUCUUUACUGUCGCCAGUGGCAGCACCUGUCACUCUUGCGAUGACAAAGCGAAGUCUGAGACGCCUCGCCAUUGCAACAGUGGCUUCGCGUCACACACACUCAACCAGGAAUCGAUGGUAGGGAGUCUUCGCAGGUUCCUGGUGGUUGUAGCGCUUUGUUUCCACUCGUUGUUCGAAGGCCUCGCCAUUGGUCUGCAGGAAACCCAGCGCGAUGUGUGGUAUCUGUUCGCCGCUGUGAUCAUCCACGCUUGUGCCAUUCUUUUCUGUAUAGGAUUGGAGCUAGUUACAUCCGGUAUCCGUUUGUUGAAUCUCGUGUUGUACAUUGUGACACUGUCCCUCGUCUCACCUCUUGGUGUGGCAAUUGGUAUUUUGAUGACUGUACACUCUUCCAGUGGCGGUCCACUACACGGUCUCGUGGUAGCUGUGCUUCAAGGCAUAGCAGGGGGAAUCAUCCUCUACAUAACGUUCUUCGAAGUGUUGGACAGAGAAAAGAGAAGAGAAUCCGGAUGUGGAAUCGUGAGGAUAGUCUUCAUUCUCGUUGGCUUCUUCUUGAUGGUUGCGCUUCAAUUAAUGGGAGGACAUGACCACAGGAAGGGAGGACACACAUUCGGUCCGUCCAAUGCCACCGCCUUCCUUGAACCUCAUGGUCAUGACCACAAGUAACAGCACCCAGAGUAGAGCAGCCCACUGCAAAAGAAGUCUUCCAGCUAGACGUUAAAGCACCUCGUGUGCGUACAUGGAACUUGGGAAACAAAUUUAAUGAAUUCAUUGUCAGAUAUCUUGUAAGAUUUAAGAAAUAUAUACUCCAAUUUCUUCUGUCACAGCGUUCAUUCCGAACUUUAAAAAAGUAAUUGGAGGGGAGAACACGUUGCAACAUUAUGAGUAAUGGUAAAAUUUCACUGUGUCAUAUUAAUGGAUGGGGGAUAUUUGAAUCUUAAAAGUGUUGCACAAGUAAUUGUCACUGCACAUAGCUAAACAAAUAAUAUUAGAAUUUCUGUGACAGCUUGGACUGCUGCUUUCAACGAAACCCCAUCCUUGAAUGUGGAGGAGUUUUACGAACAUUCGCUGUAACGAUCGUCACAAUU